AUUACACACUUCAUUACUAUCAACUAAAUCAAAAAAAAAUAAAAACGGAAAAUAUUAAAAUGAAGACACCGGAACAAUCAGUAUCAAGUUUACAAGAACCACCACCACUGAUACGAAAAUCAAAAUUUGAGGAUUCUGGAGAUUCACUUCUAGAUCAAUAUGAUCCAGAGAAAAUGGAAAAAAUGAUGAUGUCGCCGAUAAAACGAGAGCAGCUUCGAAAAGCCGAAAAGGCUGAAAUUAAACAAAGAAUGAGAGAGAAUCUUCCCGUUUAUACAAUGAAUGAAAUACGAAGAUAUCGAAUGCCUUUGCACGAAGCCAUCGAAAUCGAAAUGGACGAGUUACAAUUAACGAAUGCCGCAAGUUUUUUACGACAAUUAAUUAACUAUCAAGAAGAGAUGCGAAGAAGUAAUGGUCCAGAAUCGAAAGUUUGGUCGAAACCGAGGAUUAUCGACCGAAGUGACGUUUUAACAAAUUUGUCGAAUUGUUUUAAGGCAGCAGAAACGGCACAUAAAAACAACGAAUUUAAUGUCGAAUUAGACGAAUUUCUUCAUUUAGGCGUACUUUACACUUUUCGUGUACGUAACGAUAACUGGUGGUGGUUAGGAGAACAAUUACUUUUACAAUGUAAUGAUAUAGCGAAGGAUUAUGAAGGAGACGGUUUUAGAAGAUAUGCUAUAUCAGAGUAUAUCUAUGGAAAAUUUAAAUAUGAAAAAAUGCAAGAUAGAGUACAAGCAACGAUUCAUUUACGAAAUGCUCGAAUUCUUUCUAUAGGACAAUCUUGGACGGCAGCUAAAUAUCUGUUAUAUGCUCAAAAAACAGUUUUUGUGGAAAGUUGUAUACUUUUAUAUAAACUUUUAUUGGACGAUGCCAUGGAAAUGAUGAGAUACGACGCUAAAGGAGCUAUUAAAAUAUGUAUAAAAGCCAAAAGAAGAGCAUAUGAUGCUUGUAUGCAUGAAGGAGAAGCUCAUGCCUUACUAUUACAAGGAAAUUGCCAUAUGUUAAUAAAUGAAAUACCUGAGGCAGUUCGAUGUUUCCAAAAAGUAUUAGCAAUGGAUAUGAAAGCGAAAAAUUACGAGGGAAGUUGCGAAGCGAGAAUAUGGUUAAUUCGAGCUUAUUUAAAAUUGGGACAUUGGGAAGAUUCAUACGCUCAUUUACAAAUACUCUUAGAUUUUGCAUUAGAAAAUGAUUUCCCUUAUUACGUAGGACAGGCUUAUAGAUAUAUGGGAGAAUAUUAUUUAAAUCACGGAAAUCCAAAUUUGGCUACCCCUUUACUUUUAAAAGCAAUCGAUGCUUUCCACGAAAUUAAUGAUAUUAGUAAUCAAGAACAAGUGAAAAAUUUUGCUGCAGUUUCGGCCGGACAAGAAGUAAUGCCCAAGUAUAUCAAAUGUAUCGUAAAAGCCGGUGGAAAAGGGGCAAGCGGAUGGAAAUAUCUUCAAAAAUUAUUAAGUUGGAAAGAUCUUCGUAAAAAUAUUUGGUUGGAUUCAGAUUUAAAUUUGGUAUCGGGAAGCAGCUUUAGUUUGGAAAGCGGUAUGGAAUUGAGAAGUUAUCUUCUAGGUGAAGAAGAAGAAUUUUACGAUGAUGGACUGAUGGGUGAUUAUACAAAAUCCACGAUUAUUGGGACGGACUCUUCCCAAAUUGCUUCAACAGCUACUGAUGUUACUAAAAAAUCAGUAAAAAUCAAAAUUGACUCAGAAAAAGAAGAUUCAAUGUAAUAACAAAAUGUAUUCAUUCUUAUGUAAUAGUAAAGUUUUUAAUUAUUUCAA